CCAUAGUAGUAUCUCUUUGAAACCACUCGACCACAGGAGUCCCCCAAAAGUAUUUAAAAACCUACAAAAAGCAAAAUUAAGGAGCAAAAAAUAUAAAACGUGUUUUUGAAAAGAAAUCUCGAGAACCUCUCUUCAUUCUCUGUUUCCUCCGUGAAAGCUGCUGUUGUGCUGAUCCAAGUGAUAAACCAGUGUAAAGAUGAGCGUUGUUGGAUUUGAUUUUGGCAACGAGAGCUGCAUUGUUGCUGUUGCAAGGCAGAGAGGGAUUGAUGUAGUGCUUAAUGAUGAAUCAAAGCGUGAAACUCCGGCUAUUGUGUGCUUUGGGGAGAAGCAGAGAUUUAUUGGUACUGCAGGGGCGGCGUCUUCAAUGAUGAACCCUAAAAAUUCAAUUUCUCAGAUUAAACGGUUGAUUGGCCGUCAGUUCUCAGAUCCUGAGUUGCAAAGGGAUAUCAAGUCAUUACCCUUCAAUGUCACUGAGGGCCCUGAUGGAUACCCUCUGAUUCAUGCUCGUUAUUUAGGUGAAAUGAGAACGUUUACUCCAACUCAAGUCUUGGGAAUGGUUUUUUCGAAUUUGAAAAGCAUAGCUGAGCAGAAUCUGAAAGCAGCCGUGGUUGAUUGUUGCAUUGGUAUUCCAGUAUAUUUCACUGAGCUUCAAAGAAGGGCAGUUUUAGAUGCAGCCACAAUUGCAGGCUUGCAUCCUCUUCGCUUGAUCCAUGAAACUACAGCAACUGCAUUGGCUUAUGGCAUCUAUAAGACUGACUUACCUGAAAAUGACCAAUUAAAUGUUGCCUUUGUUGAUAUCGGACAUGCUAGCAUGCAAGUUUGUAUUGCUGGCUUCAAGAAGGGGCAACUCAAGAUAUUGGCUCAUUCAUUUGAUCGCUCAUUGGGUGGUAGAGAUUUUGAUGAAGUUCUAUUUCAUCAUUUUUCCGCAAAAUUUAAAGAGGAAUACAAGAUUGAUGUAUCCCAGAAUGCAAGGGCUUGUCUUAGGCUUCGGGCUGCUUGUGAGAAGCUAAAGAAAGUACUCAGUGCAAAUCCAGAGGCACCUCUGAACAUUGAGUGCUUAAUGGAUGAGAAGGAUGUUAGGGGUUUCAUUAAGAGAGAAGAGUUUGAGCAGAUCAGCGCUCCAAUUUUGCAACGUGUGAAGGCGCCAUUAGAGAAGGCUCUUGCUGAUGCUGGGCUUGCUGUUGGGGAUGUUCACAUGGUGGAGGUCGUUGGUUCAGCCUCUCGCAUUCCUUCUAUUUUAAAAAUCCUCACGGAGUUUUUUGGUAAAGAGCCUAGGCGCACGAUGAAUGCUAGUGAAUGUGUUGGCAGGGGUUGUGCUUUGCAAUGUGCAAUUCUCAGUCCCACAUUCAAAGUUCGGGAGUUUCAGGUCAAUGAGAGCUUCCCUUUCCCAAUUUCACUAUCAUGGAAAGGAUCUGUUCCAGAUGCUCAGAAUGGAGAAGCAGAGCAAGAGCAACUUGUUUUUCCAAAGGGAAAUCCAAUACCUAGUGUCAAGGCUGUGACAUUCCAUAAAACGAGUACCUUCAGUGUUGAUGUUCAAUAUUCUGAUGUGAGUGAUUUGCAGGCCCCGGCAAAGAUCAGUACAUACAUGAUUGGUCCUUUCCCAACAUUAAGAAGUGAAAAACCAAAAUUGAAGGUCAAAGUUCGUUUGAAUUUGCAUGGAAUUGUAUCUGUUGAGUCAGCUACACUCUUGGAAGAGGAAGAAGUUGAAGUUCCAGUUUCAAAAGAGCCGGCAAAAGAAGAUGCUAAGAUGGAGACAGAUGAAAAGCCUAAUGAUACUUCUGCCCCUGGAGCCAACGAGACAGAUGUUAAUAUGCAAGAUGCCAAGGGUACAGCCGAGGCAGCUGGGGUCGAAAAUGGUGUUCCUCAGUCUGGAGACAAGCCUGUGCAGAUGGAGACUGAUACCAAAGUUGAGGCUCCCAAGAAGAAGGUGAAGAAAACAAAUGUCCCGGUGGCAGAGUUGGUCUACGGUGCAAUGGUGUCUGGUGACCUUCAAAAAGCAGUUGAGAAGGAGUUUGAAAUGGCUUUGCAAGAUCGGGUGAUGGAAGAAACAAAGGAUAAAAAGAAUGCUGUAGAGGCCUAUGUUUAUGACAUGAGGAAUAAGCUUUGUGAUAAAUACCAUGAUUUUGUCACUGCUUCGGAUAAGGAAGAGUUAAUGGCUAAGCUUCAGGAGACAGAGGAUUGGUUAUACGAAGAUGGGGAGGAUGAAACUAAAGGUGUUUAUAUUGCCAAGCUUGAAGAGCUUAAGAAGCAAGGUGAUCCUAUUGAAGAACGUUACAAAGAGUAUUCCGAGAGGGGAACUAUCAUUGAUCAGCUUGCUUACUGCAUUAACAGUUACAGAGAGGCCGCCAUGUCAAAUGAUACCAAAUUUGAUCACAUUGAACUUGCCGAAAAGCAGAAGGUUUUGAAUGAGUGUGUUGAAGCUGAGGCCUGGCUCAGAGAGAAAAAACAGCAGCAGGAUCAACUUCCCAAGUAUGCCACACCUGUUCUCUUGUCAGCUGAUGUGAGGAAGAAGGCUGAAGCACUUGACAGGUUUUGCAGGCCAAUAAUGAUGAAACCUAAACCGGCUAAACCAGCCACACCUGAAGCACCGGAAACCCCACCACAUCCUGGAAGUGAGGCUCAACCACAGGGUGCAAACAGCCCGAAAGCAAGCCCUAACCGCAAUGGUGACCCCAGUGAAAAUGUGCCGGCAGGAAGUGGUGAGGCACCUCCAGCAUCCGCAGAACCAAUGGAAACUGACAAACCGGAGACUACGAGUGCCGCAUAAAAGAUUAGCAGGGUGAGUCAUUUUAUGAUUUUAUAUAUAUGCGGCCAGAAGUUAGUUGUUAUGUAUAAGCAGUUACAAGCACUAUUUUCUAAAGAGCCUGAGAUGAGAUACCCAACUCUAUCUUUUGGUAGACUGAUAAGAAAAGGCUGUGUUGUUUUCGAUUUUUAAAAAGCCUUCUCUUUGCAAUGUCUGCUGAGAUUUGUUUAUUAUUAUCAUCAUUAUUAUUAGGAGUGAGUUAUUAGAAUUUGGGGGGUUCCGAGGUGGUUUUUUUAGUGGGAGGCUGAAAUUUACUCUCUUUAAAGGAUUUUCGAAGUUUUAAAUCUUUAACGUGAUGCCUUUCAAAUA